GAUUUUCAGUUUCCUUCUGUUAAAAAUUAGAAUUCCCGCAUGGGGAAUAGCUGAGAGAGAGAGAGAGAGAGAGAGAGAAGUCUCGUUGACUAGCCAUACACGCAAAUGAAGGGUGUGAUAUAAGGGAUAUAAUGGUCGAAUUUGCCCCACUGUAGGGUUGUUAAGUACUCUCUUUGAUUCACAGUUUUAUCCAGUUCAUGAUAAACGAUCAUAUCAACAAUUUCAAGAUACAUGUUAUUUUAGUACUUUUACUGUGCUCAGAAGCUAUCAUGCAUCGCAGUUGCUACGAUCAAAAUCUUGAAUCUUUACGAGUAGCGUUUGGGAUGAUGGGAAGUGAAGACUACCUAUGGGCUAUGGCACAGUGGCAGGCUGGUAGCAUCGAGCCAGAAAAGACGAUGCUACUUGACUUGUGUUCGAACUUAAGCAGAGAAUGAUGCCCUGGUUCAGUUCUCUCCUUCAAAGAAUGAUCAUCCCUAUAAAUUCAGACAGUGACAUCGAUCCUCCAAUAUUAAAUCUCCACGAACUGUAGUUGUCAUGCAUAAAUAUGCACCUAUCCCAUUGGGUUGACCUGGAACUCCCAUACCAACUACUAUUUUCAUAUGAUUAUUAUGCAGUGGCGUGCACUCGGUCAGACUUGAAUGAGUCCACUGCAUUCGACUCUUCGUCUGCAAAAGUCCUUAAGGAAAUAACCAAAGAAACAUGUUACCUGAUUACUCGGGAGCAGUAUCUCUAAAUCCCAUCGAUUAUGCAAGCAGGACGCCGCGGGGCAUCAAGCACCAGCCAAGGGAGAGAGUCUACUAGUUUCAACCAUGAGUUUCAGUCAGAUCCUGGGUUCUCCUGGACAUCCACCUAUGCAGCUCGUUCCCCCCCUAAGGUUAGCAAGAAUGGCAAAAGCUCAAGAUCAUUCUGGGAGGUAGUUGACACAAUUACAGGGGGAUGCACAAGCUGUUUUGCUCCUCGUCAAUCCAAAAUCAAGGAAGGACAUGUCAAGCCCUCAAACGAUGGCCAUGAUAUUUCUAUUAGUUCAAGUACUCGCACCAGGAAUUUAGAGAAGCACCUACUCUCCUGUUUCUCAUUGAUCUUGAAUAUAGAUAUAAUUCAGCUAAGUACCUUGUCCAUGUAUGGUUCUUUUAUUGAAGACAAAUGUCUUUCAAAAACCAACAAGCAUAUAUUACUACUCAAUUAUCAAUUGUUCUGUAUUUAACAAUCAACUGUUCAAUUGUUCAAGCAAAAAGGUUGAGAGUAAUUUAUUGCAAAUAAGAUGUUGAAAGUUUCCAGUGGUUUUCAGUAGUCUCAAGAAUCUCGUCAGCAAGUAGCACAAGCACUAAUACAUCCAGACAGAGAGGCGAUGACAGUCAAAAGAAGUCAUGGCAAGAACAAUGCUCAUUUCAGGAAAUUUGUAUGGCUACUUCAAACUUCAGUGAACAAAACAGAAUUGGGCUAGGAAAUUUUGGCACUGUAUAUAAGGGGAAGCUCAGGGAUGGAUCCAUCAUAGCUGUAAAGAGAGCAACUAAGAAUAUGUAUGACAGGCACCUAUCUGAAGAGUUCAGAAGUGAAAUACAGACAUUGUCAAAGGUUGAGCAUUUAAACUUGGUGAAGUUUCUUGGGUACCUAGAACAUGAGGAUGAACGCCUAAUUCUGGUUGAGUAUGUCAACAAUGGAUCACUUCGUGAACACUUGGAUGGAUUGCGAGGAGAACCAUUGGAAUUUUCGCAGCGUCUCAACAUCGCUAUUGACAUAGUUCAUGCUGUCUCGUACUUACAUGGAUAUACAGACCAUCCAAUCAUCCACCGUGACAUCAAGUCAUCCAACAUUCUCCUAACUGAUCAACUUAGAGCAAAGGUGGCCGAUUUCGGCUUCGCACGGCUAGCGCCUGACAACACUGAAGCAACGCACGUCUCAACAAUGGUGAAGGGCACUGCAGGAUACGUAGACCCAGAGUACAUGCGGACGAACCAACUCACCGACCGCAGCGACGUCUACUCCUUCGGCGUCCUCCUCGUGGAGCUCCUCACCGGCCGACGCCCCAUCGAGCGCGGCCGCGGCCGCCACCAACGCCUCACCACGCAAUGGGCGCUGCGGAAGUGCCGGGACGGCGACGCGGUGGUGGCGAUGGACGCCCGGAUGCGGAGGACCAGCGCGGUGGUGGCGGCCAUGGAGAAAGUGAUGGCGCUGGCGGCCGAGUGCACCGCGCCGGACCGCGCGGCGCGCCCUGCCAUGCGGCGUUGCGCCGAGGUCCUCUGGUCCAUCCGGCGCGACUUCCAGCACGAGCAGCAGCGCGCCACCGCCGCCGCCGCCGCAGGCGCCAGAGGGAAGCGGCACGACGGCUCCACGUACGGGCCGUCGAUCACGAGCCUGAAGGAGUAGUACGGGUUGGGCACCGCCGCACCGGAGCCGUUGCCCGAUGGGGAAUUGGGAAUGCUUGUCUACGAGGGAAGUGGGAAAUGGGAUCAUAUGUCAUCAGAAGUUCAGAAUGCGCGCGUUGUACUUUGUAAAGAAACUUUGGGCAAGCUUACGUCAAAAUUUGUAUUAAUGUUCCAAAAAAAUUUAAAUCCUGUUCAGAUUCAUAUCUAAGAUUUAAAUCUUUUUAGGAUAAAGGGAGUACAUAUCUAUGUUAUUUGGCUUGAAUUUGGAUUGAA